GGGAAUAAUAAAAAGGAUCAUAAAUAAUUUAGGCACACAGCCGCCGCAGUCCAGUCGACACCGAUAGAGAAGAAGGAGUAGAAGCCAGACCGGCCGGAGAUGCGUCUCCUCCUUUCCAAACGCCUCUUCCUUCUCUCUCGUCGGACUUCAUCUUCAUCGCCUCCGCUGUCAUCUCGCAUUGGCGUUCCCGCGCUUUUCAGAACCCUAACAACUUACGGACAAUGUAGAAGAACAUUAAUUCAACCGCCAAUCACAGAUUCUCUUGCUACCUUCAACUCUCCAUGGUCUUCCAUGCAGCGCCGAGGCGCUAAGUGCCGAUCUUCAGACCUCAAACCAGGAAAUUACAUUCAGAAGAAAGGAUCCGAGAGAAUGUAUGAGGUUGUACACUUAGAGCAUGUAGUGCAAGGCAGAGGGGGAGCAUCGAUACAGGUGGAACUUCGUGAUGUUGAUAGUGGGAACAAAAGUAAUGAAAGGCUCCGAACAGACGAAAUGGUUGAGAAAAUAUUUGUUGAAGGAAGAGCAUAUACGUUUUUGUAUAUUGAUGGUGAUGAUGUGGUUGUGAUGGAUCCUAAUACGUAUGAGCAACUAGAAAUCUCAAGCAAGAUGAUUGGAAAUACUGCUGUUUAUCUGAAAGAUGGAAUGACUGUCAGUGUUCAACUGUUUAAUGAGAAACUCAUGUCUGCUUCCAUUCCUCAAAGAGUAACAUGCAGAGUCGUUGAAGCACAAACUCCUAUUAAGGGGAUUGGAGCGACUCCACAUUACAAGAAGGUUAAUCUGGAUAAUGGCCUAGUCGUUCAGGUUCCACCAUACAUUUUAACUGGGGAUGAUGUGAUCAUCAACACUGUAGACAAUUCUUUUCAUAGCAGGGCAUAAGAAUCACAUCAAAGAGGGGAUGGGAUAUAAACCAGCCAUAAAUGUUCCACUCUUUUGACAUGUAUGGUCAAAGUGGUUUCUUUGUUCAAAUUUGAUACUUUAAAGUAAUGGAUUAAAUAAGUUUUGUGGCAUUUAUGUAAACUCCAUAUUGAUAAUUUUAUCAACAAAUUUAAUGUUGA